UAGGUUAUUUGCGGGAUAUUUUUUGCUUGCUGGGAAAUUCUUAAUGUAUAUACAUGUUUAUAUUAAGUAGCGAUUUGUGCGAAAUCCUAACAAAAAUUUAAAAUUAAAUGUCAUUCAAUUCACCUGUGAGACAGACAUUCAUCUUAAUUUAUUUAUUUAUUUAUUUUUUUUUUUUUGAGAUUUCAACGUCUGUAUUCAAAAUUGAGCAUCUUUUGCAGAUGGUGCCUGAAUUGGGGCUUUCAUUUGCAUUUCAGAAUUAGUCUUCACGUAGCAUUCUCAAGAAACGAAUCAAGUUGUCGGUUAUAUUAAUUUAAUUUUUUCCUUCAAUUGUGUUAAUUAUAUUGCGUUGGUGAUCUUGUUGAUGGUUGAAUGACUAACGUUCGGAUGUUCACUGAUAUGACAAAAGACAGAGCUGGAAUGUCGUAAUCGCAGUAUUUUUGAUGUGCAUUUUUACAAAACAAAGAUCGAUAACGAUCGGGGCAGUAUUUAGAUUCAAUCAAGAGUGUGAAUUAAGCUUAAAAUCCCAGGAUGGCUGCUAACAUUUUACAUACAUUCAUUAUCCUUGUGGCCAUAGUUUCCUGUUCGCAUGGUGUGGAUGUUGUGCGCAAUAAGAACUUCCGUUUACCCUCAACAAUAAACCCUGAACGUUAUCAUCUCAAAAUAAUCACCCAUUUGGAAAAUCCAAAAAAUUUUACAUUCGAGGGUCAAGUUGAGAUAGUAUUCAAAGUUUCAGCGGAUACCGAUAACAUAACAUUACAUGCCAACAAUUUGAAUAUCAAUGAAACUAGUAUACAAUUAAAAUCUUCUAAUAUCGACGGUUUUCAAAUUUGUCUAAAAGAUGUGAAGAAAGUUGAAGAAAAUGAUUUUUUCAUUCUAAUGCUAUGCCAAACGCUUCUAAAGGGUAUUAACUAUGAACUACGAUUGGAUUUUUCUGGAAAUUUGAGCGAUACAUUAUUUGGAUACUAUCGUAGUUCUUAUCAGAAUGUAGAUACAAAUGAAACAAAGUGGUUAUCGGUUACAAAAUUUGAACCUGCCCAUGCCCGAUCUGCAUUUCCAUGUCUGGAUGAACCAAAUUAUAAGGCUAAUUUUACUAUUUGGCUGGGUCACCAUAAGGCCUUGAAAGCUCUAAGCAAUAUGCCGCUGGAAAAACAAGUGCCAAUGGAAAAUAUUCCAGAUUUUGUGUGGAGUAUAUUCGAGGAGUCACCUCCAAUGUCCACUUAUUUGGUGGCUUAUACUAUAAACGAUUUUGAUUACAAAGAAUCGAAAUCAGAAACAACGAAUGUUUUAAUGAGAACUUGGACCAGAUCAAAUUGCAUUGAGGAAGCAAGUUAUGCUGCAGAAAUGGUGGCUAAAGUUUUGAAUUUCUACGAAAGUUUGCUGGGACCUUUUCCACUCAAAAAAUUGGAUCAAAUAGCAAUUCCCGAUUUCUAUAAAGGCGGUAUGGAAAACUGGGGUCUCGUCACAUAUCGUCAUACCGCCUUACUUUAUAAUCCAAACUCUACAAUUGGCUGGAACAAAUACGACACGGCCAGACUUAUAUCACACGAAGUGGCACAUCAAUGGUUUGGAGACUUGGUAACUAUGAAAUGGUGGAAUGACUUGUGGUUGAACGAAGGGUUUGCCACAUACAUUGCCAUUUGGGGUGUGCAGCAUUUACACCCAGAAUUUGAAGCUCAUCAGAUUGACCCUUUACUUAGCUUAGUUUCGACCUUUGAAAGAGACGCCAAACUGGAUAGUCACCCAUUGUCGGCUGAAAUUUUGAAUGUUACUGCAAUCCGUAAUCAUUUCGACAGCAUAUCCUACAGGAAAGGUUCUUCAAUUUUAAGGAUGGUGCAUAUGUUGAUGGGCCAUGAACCAUUCUUUGAAGCUGUGCGGGAUUAUUUGACAAAAUACAAAUUUCGCAAUGCCGACCAAAGAGAUUUAUGGUCAGUAUUCAAUGAAGUGGGUCAUAGACAUAAGCGUCUAGAUUUCAGUUACGAUAUGAACACAAUUAUGGAUACUUGGACUACACAAACCGGAUUUCCAUUGAUAAAAGUAAAACGCAACAUGGAUACGGGAUGUUUGGAAAUAACGCAACAAAGAUUUCUUGAAAGUUCGACUGCGCUGAAUGAAGAUGGAAAGAAAUGCUGGUGGGUUCCGCUAAGCUUCACAACAUCUUCGGAAAUAAAUUUCAAUGCAACCGACCCAAGAGUUUGGCUAGAAUGUGAUGAAACGGAAAAUGUUCUACCUCUGGAAUUGUGUAAUGUAACAGAACCCCAUGAAUGGAUAAUACUUAAUGUUCAAUUUUCUGGAAUCUAUCGGAUUAUGUAUGACCCCAUUAGCUGGCAAUUGAUUGGAGAAGCACUAAAGAGUAAAAAAUUUCAGGAAAUUCACAUCCUUAAUCGUGGUCAAAUAAUAAAUGAUGCAUUAGCUCUGGCAUGGUGUGGUUACCAACAAUACGAUAUUGCAUUGGAUAUUAUGGAGUAUUUGCACCAGGAACGUGAAUAUUUACCCUGGAGUUUGGUGUUUCGCAGUCUACCCGAUAUUACUUCUAUGAUGGAACCAUUUCCACAGCAUUAUCAUCUAUUCCGGAAAUUUAUGCGUUAUAUAAUUGCUCCAGUUUAUCAUCACUUGGGUGGCCUAAACAAUUCUGAUUCCUUUGAUAUCCCUAGACCUUUUCAAAGCCGACUAAAAUAUCGCGCAAUACAAUGGGCUUGUCGUGUACAUUUAGACGAUUGUAUUCAAUCGGCCAUUUCGUAUUUCAAACAAUGGAAAUCAUCCCAAACCCCAGACGAUGGCAACGAAAUAAAUAUUAUGCCACCAAAUUUGAGAGAGACAAUUUACUGUACCUCCAUCCGCCAUGGAUUUAAGGAUGAUUGGUUAUUUUUAUGGCAACGUUUCAAACAAUCUCAAGAUCAUGCUCUGCUUGAGGCUCUUGCCUGUUCUAUAAGUGAAGAUAUGAUCAACGAAUAUUUGAGUUUAAUUUUUGAUCCAGAAAAUCAAAUGACAAAUCAUUCUAGAAUGCAUGCCUUUAAGGCGGUAGCAGAAAGUGAAAUUGGUUCACACUUGGCUCGAAAAUAUUUUAUUGAGAAUUUUGAAGAACUAUGCAAAGUGUAUGAUGUAGGUCGAUUGGUCACAGCAUUGGUGGCACGAAUCUACAGCCGAGAAGAACAACGACAGUUAAACGAUGUCAUCGAUGCCAUGAAAAUCCAGUGUAAAAAGAUGGUUACUCUCCUGCCCACAGCAAUGGAUACCAUCAAUUUUAAUAUUCAGUGGAUAGAAGCUAAUUUGGAAAUUAUAAAAAUUCAUCUGUCGCGAAGUCUGCCAAAACUUGGUAUUCCAGUAAAUGAUUAAAUGAAUUUUAAUAAUUUAAUAUUAUAUUAUAUAUAUUGUAAAAAAAUAAUAAUUUCAUAAAAAUAAAAAAACGCAUAAUUU